UGCAUGUUAUGUUUAGUCGAAUGCUUUAACAUGGGUCCAAUAAUUAGAUCAUUUAAAAGGUUCUCAAAUAGCGAAUAUUUCUUAUCCACCGCCAGAUGGCGUGAUUGUUGUGAGUUCUGGGGAUAAGAGAAACAGCCAUCAACACCGGAGUACACUUUGUUUAGUAUAUUUUAAUUUAGUGAUUGAGCAUUCACUGUUGUGUUUUAUUUAUUUAUUAAUUUAUUAUUAUUAUUGUUGUUGUUGUUGUUGUUGUUGUGACUAUCACUCUAGCAACCGGUUAGCAACCACCUAGUAAUAGCAUAGCACCACCCAAUGUUAUUGCAGUCACCUGGGAUACCAUAGCAACCACUUGGCCGACUCCAUUGUAACUACUCAGGAAAGGCAUGUCCUAGUUUGGGAUGUUCUUACGAGUUUCCUCGAAUGAUCGUUUUGGUGCUAGUGCGAUCUUAUCUUUUAUAGUAUUAAAAUAAUGUUUUAACCCCUACUGCUGUUGGCACAUCUUGAUUGCAUACUAAACUGUCAGAUGCAGGAAAAUAAAACGCCACGGCUAAGCCGUUUAAUUAUUAGCGCGUGCGUAGUUAGCGUUAGCUUGCUAGUUAUUCAUUUAUUCACCUAGUUAACCAAUUAGUGGUGUACGUGGGUAGCUUUUAGAGACGUUUAAAUGGCAAGCAAUAGUCUGAUUUCAUGGAAAACAACUGUUAUUGUCAGCACUUCUCUACAGAAUAAUGAAACUUUGCGGAUGCUUUUAGCCCAGCAACACCGAAUUCGCCUCUCAGACGGUGUUGAACGCGGUGCCUUCGUGUUUCCUCUGUCAGGAACGGCCUUUAUGUUGAUCGCCCCAGAUGAGUUCCCUGAGAAGGCUCAGAAUAAAGAAUUAUUUGAUAGAAUUGAAAGAUUUGUGCAGAUCCACAGAAACUGCUUUCUUCUGCUUCAGUCCCCAGUAUAUGGAAUAAGAGAAUGGGAGGCUGUAUCUGCUGUGCACAACAGAUUCUUUGGAAGUAACCUUAAAGUCUUACCUGUCCAUAGUACUGGAGACAUUGUGAAGGCAAUGCUAACCAUUGCUAAAGCCACCAGUAAACCCCACAUAGACAGUUUAUGGGAUAGGUUGUCUUUAGCCCGAGCUCAUGUCAUUGAAUUGAGCUCAGUUUGGGAAUUACUACAUGACAUGCAGCUACUGUCAGACCAGUCAACCAAAGAAGAUCUAGAGAUACCACAACCCUGA